AUAAGUAAAAACCAAAAAAUGGAAAGCGAGAACAAGUGCGCUCGUUGUUUGGAAAUGAGCGCAACAUCAGCAGCAGCAAUAACACCACCGUUUCUCCCAUCUUCCGUAUCACCCACGCUGAAUCUCAUGGAACAGCUGCUGCUCGCCAAAAUGGAAAAGCACAGCAUCAACAGUGAAGACGAAGUUAACCAGCGGCAGCCUCAGUCCAGCGAUGAGCAGCACAACGGCAGCAGCGGUGGUGCACCGAAUACGGUUCGACGAAUUUUGCUGAGCUCGAGCAGCGACAGCGAAAGGCCCAAGAGCUCGCUCCUAAGAACAGACUCGAUGGACAGCCAAACGAGCGCCAGCACCUUCAGUUCGUUCGUCUCCAAUGAGUCAAAUAAUUCUGGUAACGGUUCCGGCGGUAACAAUAACCGCUACUGCCGCUGCGACGACUGUCUACUUGGAAUUGCUGAUAAGUACCAGCAGCCGAGCCAAACUGUCACGGGACGCAAGAAGAGCCGCAAAUUGUGCCAGUCUUUCGAAAAAUGA